AUGCCCUCUAUGCUCAACCUUGUCCCGGCGGUGGAGACGACGAUGACCCGCACCCCGAUGUAUGUCGAGGUGAGGGUGAAUGCCGUGCCGUUGAUGAUGGUCUUUGGUGUCUCACUUGUGCUGGCGCUGGUGUACACUCUGUGGAAGCUUCUCCCGAGGAUCCGCAGUGGCGAGCUCUCGUCCUCGAAUACGGAGGCCAACUUUCGUGCGGGGCUGCUGAACCGGAAGCUGAAGAGGGAGAAGGUGCGCUCGGAGGAUGAUUCAUCUGCGGACAUGGUGUAA